AAUGAGAUAGUGAAUUUAUGACAUUCUUUCAGGCUGUUACUGAAGAGGUUCAAAGAAAGAGUGUUACUAAAACACGCACAACUCAAUCUCGAACCACUCAGUUUAGAAGCGUCGAGUUACAUAGCAUAGUUCUUCCUGGCACAGGCCAAAUAACUGCUGAUAUCAAAAUGCCAUCAGGAAAAUUCGAUAAGCCGGUUGUCAUAGACAACCAAGAUGGGACCAUUUCUAUUAAGUACGAUCCAAGGGAAGAAGGUUUACAUGAGUUGCAUGUGAAAUACAAUCAAGAACAUAUACCAGGCAGUCCAUUCAAAAUUUAUGUGGAUUCAAUUACAAGUGGUUUUGUGACUGCACAUGGUCCAGGUUUGAGCAGAGGCAUUGCUGGUGAACCUGCUAAUUUUACAAUUUAUACAAAGGAUGCGGGAGCAGGUAUAUCAUUUAUAAAAUUAAUUUCUCUUAAUUGAGGAUUGAGUGAUAUG